AUGGAUAAUGGCUCUCCUUACUCCGAUGAGGAAACUACUGCCAUCCUCCUCUACCCGAUGCUGAUCCAAUCUUGCUCCAGCCAUCGUUCCAUCCAUCAUUCCUAUCGCCAUGCCGAUAACCCUCCAAGCACUGCCACAAUGCCUUUCAUCCCUCUAAUCGUAGCUCUUCAUGCCAAUCCAAAGAAUCGUAAUAGCCCUUCAACGACUCUUAUCGUUGAUUAUAGUAGUCGUUUGACGGACCAACAAUCAUGUUCUAGAUCUAACGCCUCUAGUCCAACAAUUAUGUCGUCCAGUAUCGAUCGUCGAUAG